AUGGACAAGCUAACUCCAUCGCAAUGGAAAGUUGUAAACAAGCCGUACGAGCCAGCAUCCACAGUAAAAGUUAUUGCGGGCCCAGGUUCAGGAAAAACGUUGACGCUAUUACAUAAAGUGCACCAUCUGGUCACCGUGGAAAAUAUUAAGCCUGACGAAAUACUGAUAUUUUCGCUGACAAAUAAAGCUGUCGAUAAUAUAAUAGAGAACUUGUUGUCCGUAUUCGAAGACUUGCAUACUAAUAAAGAGAUUAUUCGUCAGAUUGGAUGUUACACUAUUCAUGGUUUGGCCAAUAGAAUCGUAGUGGAAAAUGAGGGAAUGAUAAACAUCAUAGAGGAGAUAGGCUGGAGAGGAUUAAUGAAAUUGCUGCCGCCCUCCAAGAGAAGCCCCCAUCAUUUUCGAUCGUACAAGGAGUUAGAAAAGGUUAUCAAAGAUUACAAACUGAAUGGCAGUAGGACCGGCAAUGUCAAGGCAAAAAAUGAUAGUAUCGUUAUUGAGCAACUAGUCGAACUGAUGGAUAACUGUAAAGUAAUGACUAAUGAUGACUUGAUUAUUCGUGCAAAAAAAUACCUAGAGCUCGAUCAACCUAUCCUAGGUGACGCCUCGUCAUCUUUCACUCAAGAUCUUCAAAACAAAUACAAAGUUGUUCUUAUCGAUGAGUUUCAGGAUCUUUAUCCAAGUUUAGCACCUUUGGUUGCCACUAUUUGUAAGGGGAAACAACUUAUCAUGUUCGGUGAUACAAAUCAAAGCAUUUACGAAUUCUUGGGGAAUAACAAACAGAUCAUGUGGCAAUUGGACAAUCUACAUCCAAAAUCGUCUACUACUGUUUUAAAACUGUUCGAUAAUUUUAGAUCUACGCCCGAGAUUAUCUCUUUAGCAUCAAGGGUCAUCAAUCUUCCGCCAGCAAAGAAACAAGUAUUAGAUAAUACCGACGAAACUCCAUCAGAACUGGUUCGCAAGCUACCAAGCGGUGUUUUACCCCAAUCGGCUUCAUUUGAUGAUUUGACAACAGAAACUGAAUUCAUCAUCGACAAGAUUACUCAAUUAAUUUGCUCUUCUGCCAAAUUUUCUGAUAUUGCCAUUUUAUCAAGAACCAACUCGCAUUUAACAACGUUGGGAAAUGUUUUGAAAAAAUAUGGUAUACCAUUUGAAAAAUUAAAAAGUCAGCCCGAUUGGAUGGACGACCUGCGAAUUCAGUUCCUCUUGGAUAUCAUGAAAGUGUGCUCUCUAGCGUCUGACGAGAAGCAUAGCCGCGAGUUCGAUACGAGUGCCAAAUGGCAAAGCGAUUUCAGCAUACUGGUCACAAUGAGUGCUAUCAAGGGAGUUGGUGAUGCUUCAAUACAAGCUUUGUAUAAGGCAUGCGGUUUGAAGAAGCUAUCGAUUUGGAAGUACUUAACCGUGGUCCCGAAUUUUGAAUGGCCAUUGGGCCUCUCCAUAAAAAAAAAAAUUGAAAACUACACAGCUAAUUUAUACGAACUGAUUGAAGACGACCAAAUUCACCAACUGGAAGACCCUUUGGAACUUUUGGAGAAGAUUUCCAAUAUAACACAUAACUUAAACCUCAAUCCUACCUACUUCCAAUCUGUGAGCGACUACCAAUCAUCACUAGAGUUUAAAACGCACUUGCGAGAAAUGGCUCAAGUAAUGAAAGUGUCACAAUCCAACAAACCUUCAGGAACUUCCUUCAUCAAAUGGUUUCUAGAGACUUAUUUCGAUCAAACAAUGGUUUUCCAUCAGGCCAAACAGGAAUUGAAAACCAACGGCCCUGGUACAGUAAAACUGUCUACGAUUCAUUCCGCCAAGGGUUUGGAGUUUCCCAUAGUGUUUCUGACGAAUGGAAUCAUGUCCAAUUUCCCUAUGGACACGAAUUCUCUUUACGUCGGUAUGACUAGGGCAAGAAACUUAUUAUAUAUGUCCAACAUGAAACAUCAGAAUCUAAUCAGUAAGACCCCACUUUACUCUAGAUCUAUAAUGUUUAACGAGUCUUUUUGGACCUACUACAACAAGGAUUUAAACAGAUCUCUGCAUGGCGUUACGAUGGCGCAUGACUACAACAUACAGCAUUACAAUCGGUUACGUAAAGACUUUGGAUUUUAUAGAGCAUAUUCUUCACUACGGUGCUGUAAGAACAUUUUUAGACGUAUAUAG